UGAAAAGAAAUAACUAACCGUCAACAGAAAAACACGACACUUUUUACGAAUAUUUUCAUUAAUGCCGCCGCAUUGUCAUUGUUUAGUGAGUGAAUACAGUCAAAUAAAUGAAGAUGUGGCUUCAUGGCAGCGGAACAGUGGGCGGUGAAGGCGGUUGAUUGAUGAUUAGAUUUACGGUGUGGAUCACGGCGGGGAGAGGGGAUGACUCACUCCGUCUGAUGUGAUGUUCACCCCGCAACACCUCGGCAGUGCGGUGGCACGCCGGUAGUUGAGCCUGACAUAUCGCUGUGCUCCACCAAUAAAAGUCAAACUUUAUCAAACUGUGAAGAUGCAUUUGGAUGGCGCUAAAAUAUCUUGUUUGUCUCAAACUUGAGUGGUUGUCACUUGCUAGUUAGACAGAAACUGAGCGUCGUGAUUUACCGUAAAUUUCGUGACGCCUGAUUGCCAUGGAAACAGUGCUCCUGUGCUGAGAGGAAAGUGUCCGUGUUAACUUCAGCAUCAACCUCUUCCAAAGGGGUCGGAUAAACCUGUUGGAUAUCUCAUUUUUUUUUCUUUUCUCGUGUUGCUGCUCUGGUUUUACUUACCACUUUCGUUUGGCCGCCAAGCAGAUGUCCAUAAUUUCCCAUGUGAGACUUGCUGUGAUGCAUAUGUCAGACCUCUAUUUCACAGGUAAGGAUGAUGGAGCUUCAGACAGAGAAGCGGUUCCACAACUUGACCCUCGAGCAAGUCCAAGCUCUGGACAAGGUCUUGACUGAGGUGAUCCCCAUCCAUGGACGAGGGAAUUUUCCUACACUGCAGGUGAGAGCGAAAGACAUCAUUCGUGUGGUGAAGGAUCGGCUGGUCGAAAGAGACAUCCAGGUGAAAGAUAUACGGCUUAAUGGCGCGACUGCCAGCCAUGUCUUGGUGAGGGAUAACGGCCUGGGCUAUAGAGACUUAGACAUCAUUUUUGGAGUAGAGCUGCCCAGGCAGGAGGACCUCCAGGUGAUUAAAGAGGUGGUACUGGGCAGCCUUCGAGACCUCCUCCCUUGUGGAGUCAACAGACGGAAGAUCACCUGCCUGACAAUGAAGGAGGCCUACGUUCAAAAGAUGGUGAAAGUUUUCAAUGAGCAUGACAGAUGGAGCCUCAUCUCACUUUCUAACAACAGAGCUAAAACCGUGGGCCUCAGAUUUGUUAGUUCACUUCGAAGACAGUUUGAGUUCAGUGUGGAUUCCUUCCAGAUAAUAUUAGAUCGUAUGCUGGAGUCUUACUGGGAGACCGAAAGGAAGCAAGGAGGAAAGUUGGCUUUGAAUGCUGGGAAUUUGGCUAAAAAAGACAAUCAAGAUGAAAACAAAGAGCGAGAGAAACUGAGCGCUCCUCGUGACGGGGAAGCAGUUAUUGAAAAAGACUCAGCAGUAGCAACCUGUGGAGAAAGUCCAUGCCAGGAUCAAGCAGUUUGUGUGCUUGAGAAAGAGCUUCCCCAUGCAGAGGAUGAGCAUGCAGAUGGAAAGCACGAGGCACAGGAGGUGCUGGAACUUGCGAGCGUUAACUUACAGCGGGAGGAAGAGGAAGUGGAUGGCAUAGAGGAUGUUCAUUCAGAGGAGGAGAUUGUGUUUGAGCUCUGUGAAGAAAAUAGCAAAGAGAAAGGACAGUUUAACAGUGACUAUCCUUUAGUUUCAUCCUCUAAAACUUUAUUUACAGAUGUCAGGGAUCCGCUGGUGACACAUGCAUGUUUAAAGCUGCAGGGUAACGAAGAGUUGUCUGGAGUACAAGCUUCCCAGCCACCGUCUGUAAUGCAUACAGAGGAGUCAGCUCCACAGGAAAAAGAACACUGUGAGGAAAUAACUCAGUUCAAAGUAGACUCUGUAACCUGCAGGACUGAAAAUACAUCAAGCUUACAAGAUUCACAUCUUGAAUUUUCCUUUCCUCCUCCGGCUAAGAAAACGUGCAGCACAUCACAAGACGUUGUACCGGAUUAUUGCCCCUCACCGAAAUUACAAAGAAAAAUGUCACGGAAGAUGAUCAAUAAGCCUGAGAAAUGGUCUUUACUGACUGAUUUGUCUGAUCUUACAACACAGCUGUUUCCACCCAUAGAAAUCCCUAAGCCACUUCAGUCCCCCUUACAGGACAGCGCUCAAGUUCACAGCUCAAAUGUCCUGGCCUCCAAGCCAGAGUCCUUAGACAUCCUUACAGUCCCAACAUGCAGUCCAGCCAGCAUGCUUCAGGAUGAGACUGGCUUGAAUGAAAGUGUAGGACAAAGCGUGAAGCCAAAACACUCAAAAAAGCCUCCUGAUUCGGACGUCGAAAGCCACACAUGUGCAACGAAUGUGGCCUCACAGCCUCAGAUCAGUGAGCAAGCACCCGAUGUGGCAGACACUGUCCCUCAAAGCUGCGGGGCGAGCUCAUGGGUCGGAGCAGCAGAGGAACCCACCAUCACUGUCGAAGCAGAGUGCAUGUACGGCGACUUUGAGCAGGCAAUGGACCACCUCCGCCACCGUCUUAUCGCUACCCACAACCCAGAGGAGAUCAGGGGAGGGGGUCUGCUCAAAUACAGCGACCUGCUGGUGAGGAACUUCAGACCGGCCAGCGAGACGGAGAUCAAGUCCUUGGAGAGAUACAUGUGCUCCCGCUUCUUCAUCGACUUUCCUGACGUAAGUGAGCAGCAGCGUAAGAUUGAGGCCUACUUGCAGUGCCAUUUCAUCGGCAACGAGGAGGCGAGCAAGUACGACUACCUGAUGACCCUGCGGCGUGUGAUAGAUGAAAGCACGGUGUGUUUGAUGGGACACGAGAGGAGACAGACGCUCAAUAUGAUCACAGUCCUGGCUCUGAGGGUGCUGGGCGAGCAGAACGCCAUCCCCAACACGGCCAACGUCACUUGUUUCUAUCAGCCGGCUCCGUACAUGACCGAGCCGAUUUACAGCAGCUAUUUCAUCACCCAGACUCAGCCCCCACUGGUCUACCACCCCUACCCUCUGCAUGUCCACAUGCAAACUGGUCUGGUGUAGCUACAGCGACAUGCCCGCAGGGAGUCAUGCAGGCUGCUUUCAGCAUGGUGCUCUGCAAGCAGACGCACAAAUGGAAGUUUUAACAACAACCGGCAUCCACAGGCGCAGUGUUGUUUAACGCUUUGAAAUCCCUCCUGCUUAUGACAUGAAAGAUGAUGAAAGGUCAGAAAUGAAAGGGGUCUGGAGGCAAACAUGUCACCCUUUCAAGAUGCACUCUUUUGAAAAGGAAAGAAAAUGCUAAGAGCUUUUUCACAGAGCUCGUAGAGAGGAUUUCAUUGAAGUGGAGGGACUUUGUUUAUGGCUGUUUAAGCUCAGUUUUGGCAGGGCUCUGUAUUGGUCACCCUGUUGAGGAGAAUGUUGUAAUGUGGUAAUUCUCUAUGGCUAGACGAUAAAUAUCUCUAACAUAUAAAACCAUAAUAUAUGAAACACAGAUGUCUUGAUUUGGUUAAGGUUUAAAUCAUGCUAAAUCUUUCUGAGGGUUAGAGCCCCUUGUAACUGUUUUGUGAAUCAUCAGUCUCUGUGGAGUAAAUUUCAGCACGUGGUUAUACCUGUGUAUUCACUGUAUAGAAAUAGGACACCUUUCACUGAAGGUGUACAUUAGACAAAAGUUGCUGUGGUAUUUCCAUGAUAUUGUAAGUUCUGUGUUUGUGAAUUUAAAUGCCUAAUUUUAAAGGCAGACACAAGAGAUCCUAGCUUUAGGGAUUGUAAGAAUAUGACCUGGGUGGUCAUUGGGGUUUCACUGUGAAAAAAAGAAGAGGGGGAAAAAAAAAGAAAAAAGAGAGGACCUGGCCAUAUGUGAAGUAUUUCUCUAAACGUGAAAUCUUCAUGACAAAAUAAGCCAUUUAAGUAAUGUUUAACUAAACUGAGUUUAAGUUAAGAAAAGUAUCCUUAUUGAUCUUUCAACAUUAUUAUUAAGAGUUUAAGACUCAAGAACUCAGCCACGCCGCUCCAUGAGGACAGCGUGGGUGUGGUCUGAUGAGAUUUGAUUAGCGGUAGCUCGGCAAUGUGAGCAGAAAACCCACCAGCUCUCAGCAGAUUUUGAUUCAAAAGUUGCUACAUUGUGAUUGGUUGACAGAGAUACAUGACAUUGCCUUUGCCUUUUCACAGCAAGAGGGCUUUUAAUGUUGUCUUUGAAUAUUUAAAGUGUCUUUAUGUAACUCUUAACUAGACAGCAAAGAAAAUCUAAGAAAUCUAAAAUUAUAAUGUGGAAA